CUGGAGAUUGUCACAAGUGACACCACAAGAUCAGUAGCGCAAGCCAUUUGUCAACUUUCAAAUUUUGGAUUUUUUCAGACCGACUUUGGCGGAUCUCCUGUAAUCAACAAUGAUCACUGGCUGUAUUGGGGCGAUCGCCAAAUUAGCCUCGAUGAUUCCUCAAGUCCGGUGACGAUACGGGUAAUCGAGCAGACAGAAUUUCUCGACGAUGAGACGUAUGAGCCAAUCGCGGGACCUUCCACCUCGGAACCGUAUGCGAAACGGUGCUGCCAGAUCCGCCUUGAAAGUCGAGAUAAGCUCAUGUACAUUCAAAAGGAGCAACUCGGCCUUGAGGCAGAAUUCGAUCAGCAUGUUUUGCCAGACGGGAAAUGUUUUGUCGACGCGUUCAUCUACGUUUUCGACGCAAGUCGAACCGAUGGGCGAACAUUCGAAAGCCAAUGCUCGUCAGCGUCGUCAAUACUGUCUAAUGUGAUCAAGACGAAGAAACCUGUUGUGAUUGCGCUAAGUCAGAUGGAUAGCGUGGACGACGAAGCGCGAAGGGCUCUUCAUACACUACUCAGUCGUAAAGAUCUCAAAAGCACCCAUAUCACAGUGGUAGAGUGUCAGGCGCACAUGAACCGUGAAUGUAUGAGCGAGUUGUUUGUGGUGACAGCUUGUGCAGUAUUACGUAGUAAGUUGAGGCUGAAAAUCCAAUCAUUUUCUGAUGCGCUGAAAAUCGUCACCGAACGGAAUAGAGAUGUUAGGUGGGCUCACAGAAUUUUCUAA